AACUCGUGUAAUAUAUACGAGUUAAUUUCAACUCGUAUAACGUCAUACGACCUGGAUCGGUGUGCUGCCAAGUUCAAUUACUGCGCCAUUGUGAAUGAUUCUGGAAGGAAAUUGGAAGGCUUCCAUUCAAAUGUCAAAAUAUUUCGACGAAGAUAGGAAAAUAGAAAGACCAAAAAUGGAGCAGCAGUAAGUCAAAUUUUAAAUGAUUUAUUUAUUUCGGAAAUAUUGAAAACAAUUUUGGUUUAUUUUAAGGAUGGAAAAAACUACAAGAAGGAGGUGGACACGGGAGGAAUCUGAGGGUUUUUUGCAGUGGUACAUGGCUCGCAAAGCCGAAUUUGAGCAACCAAAGAAAAAGCGUCAGGCAUACGCUAAUACACUUGAGGAUAUGAUAUCCUUGGGUAUUACGGAUUUUGGGAGAACACCGCUGUGUUUGGAGGGGAGGAUGUGCACUUUGCUACAAGCCUAUAAGACAGCACGCGACAACAAUAACCGCACAGGUUCUUCUCCGUUCUUCGCCCCGUACAUGGAGCUAAUGGAGGAGAUAUUUGGGAGCAGCCCUAUUAUAUCUAACUCCCAUACGCUGCAAUUAGGAGAUGGCCCUGUACAAAUGAUAGAGGAGAGUUCGCCUAUACCUGCACCCUCACCUCCGCCCAACUCCACAACAUCAUCGCCGUUAUCCCAGUCGCCACUCCCCUCAACAUCAUCGUCGCUGUCACAGUCGCCACUCCCCUUAAUAUCAUCUCUUCCAAUGUCUCCUACUCCUGCUGAAAGGAAACGUUCUGCGCGCGAACUUUAUUAUGAAGAAAAAUUGAAGCUAAAGAAAAAAGCAUUUGAAAAAAAAAAAUUAAACAACGGGAAGAAAAGUUCGCAGCAACGCAGGAGCUGCUUCGGCAAAAAUGGGAAAAGGACAGGGAAGUAGAAUUGUUAAAGUGCAAUUGUUGGAAAAUAUUAUAAACAAAGUGUAAUUGUUUUAUUACUUUAUCGUUUA